AUGUAUUUUUAGAUGGUCACACUUGUUUGCAGUUCACCGCCUGAAUGCUGAUUUGUUGAAACUUGAAAGCAGGAAAAAUGGCAAAAUGGUGUAGAUACUUCAAAAGUUAAUCAUAUCACGCAAGACAGCCGACAGGACGAGGGCGAUGUCAAUGUUCGUCAAAGGCUUUGUUCGCUAAACUCCACGUGCCUUCCGCCAUUUAGUUUUAAACAUUUGCUUGCUUUACCUGAGGUACUCUAAUAGAGAAAGUUGUCGGCGUGGUCGACGAUAUAAUCCGCCGGGGCCCAGUACUGCGGCCGUGUGGCGGCGGCCGCUCAGCUGAGAGCGGUGUCAUGAGCUCCGGCGGAGAAUUUGUGGAAGGUUGGCUUGUGGCACAGGUGCUGGGCGAGGGCGCCUAUGGCGAGGUACGCCUAUUGGUGCACGCGCGUACGAACGCGAGCGUGGCUUUGAAGGCGGUCCGCGGUGGGGCAGAACAAGGAGCUGGAGCUCGUGAAGCCGGUCUACAUCGCGCCUUACGUCAUCCGCACGUUUUACGCUGUUUGGGCGCGCGCCAGCACGGUGACGUCCACUAUCUCUUCCUGGAGUAUGCGCAGGGUGGCGAGCUCUUCGACCGAAUCGAACCCGACGCUGGCACCGGUGAAGCGGCAGCGCGUCGCUACUGGCGCCAGUUGCUGGACGGCCUGCGCUACUUGCACUCGCGCGGCGUAGCUCAUCGUGACAUUAAACCCGAGAACUUAUUGCUCGACCACCACGACACACUGAAGAUCUCUGAUUUCGGCAUGGCCACGUUGUUUCGGCAAGGCGGCCGUGAGCGCCUACUGUCGCGUGUGUGUGGGACGCCCCCAUACGCUGCGCCUGAAGUCUUGACGGCACCGACGCGGCCUUACCGGGCGCCGCCUGCUGACCUCUGGGCUGCUGCACUGGUGCUGUUAGCCAUGCUAGCCGGAGAAUUAGCCUGGGAGCGGGCUGACGAGUCGGACGCUCGUUACGCAGCUUGGUCUGCCUGGUCAGUUGGCGGUGCUGCACCUAGCGGUCCCUGGCGCAAAGUUUCACUACCUGCUUUGGACUUACUCCGUCGCGCACUGCGACCCGAUCCUACUCGUCGACCAGCUCUAGACGCGCUUUCUGCGCACCGAUGGCUUCGAAAUUCUGACGAGGUAGACGCGGGCUCGGCUGGCGGUCGUCCAUGGAGCUCGCAGCCGUGCGGUGUGGCGGGCGGCAACGAAUGUGAGCUAAGCACGCGCGACAUGGACGAGCUUCUUUGCCACUCGCAACCGGCACAUAGCGACGAUUUGCUAGCUGAGGCAGGUGCUCCGCUCCAGCGCCUGGCGCCACGGCUCACACGCUUGUUCCUGCGCUGCGCCGAACGCGACGCUCUACCUGCGCUGGCCGAACAGCUGACCGCCCGCGGUCACACGUACCGCUAUUUACAUCCACGUGUCAUGGCCGUUGAAUGCGGUGAAGUACGCAUGCGAGCAUGGGCAGUACGCGUGCGGGAAACGCCUGCUGCCGGUGGCUGCGUUAUGAUUGAGUUUCGGCGGGCUCGUGGGUGUGGACUUGCCUUCAAGCGCAGGUUUCGCGAGUUAAGUGAGGCACUACGUCCGCUAGCUGCGCCUGCGCCGCCGCAACGCGACUUACUAGCACCGCUUACCCCAGUUACUACUGAAACAUGCCGCAUGGACACCGCCUAAGAACGCAUAUCAUAACUAGGAUGCGCAUGUGAAGUUUUUUCUGUUAUGAUAUAAACUACCUUAUUUGAAUUGAGUGUUUUUAAGAAGGUGACGUUGUUGCACAUUCAAUGUUCAUUGUUCCGUUCAAUCUUGGUGCAAAUGUCAACAUUGUCAUGUAAUAUAAGUAUUGUAAUAUUUCACAUAUAACGCAAUUACUGCCUUAUAUGUGAUAAAUAUGGCACAUGUGAUAAAAUGGCUUUAUAUUUGAUCUGUCUAUUGUAAUAGUAUGUAACGACAGAUACCUCAGUAAGAUUUUACCCUUGUAUGAAAACCAAUCUUUGGAAUAUUUCUAAUAACAAAAUGCAUGGACCAAGUAAUAUUUUUUAUAUCUACUUAUUUGUGUGAGAUUUUAGUGAAAACCUAAUUAAGUGGAUAGUAAAUAUGCAUGUACUUUUUAAGUAAAAUUAUUUUUCUAAAAGUUUUGUAAUUAAAAUGAUGUAAAAUAAAAUGUCAGCAGUU